UACAGCUCUGCCGGAACAUUUAACACACUCAUACACACUGGCACAGUUACAAGCGGUUGGGAUCCUGCUACAUGAGUCGAGGCAGAUUGUGUGAGAGAGAUAGACAGAGAGAAAGAGCGAUACAUGCCAGCAGCAGCAGCAGGUUGAUUUAAGGAACGCACCAAAAAGGAAAGACAUAACGCGGAGAAAAUAUUUGGAGCACCUGUCCCUGUCGUGUUAUUAUUUUGUUGCGUUGCCAUAUUAAUCUGGAAAGUUCCUAGAAUCCGAUUCAUUUGUAAUCGUGCGGUAGGACUCCGGGUGCCAAAUGCUUCUACAUCCGCUGAUGAACGGGGCCCUGGAAAUCAUGCAUCCCAGCAGUAUUCAAAAAGACACUACUUUCACCAAGAUCUUUGUCGGUGGUUUGCCUUACCACACGAACGACGCGUCGUUGCGAAAAUAUUUCGAGGCUUUCGGCGACAUAGACGAAGCGGUGGUGAUAACGGACAGACAGACCGGGAAAUCUAGAGGUUACGGCUUUGUCACUAUGACGGACCGGGGGGCGGCGGAGAGGGCCUGUAAAGACCCCAACCCCAUCAUCGACGGCAGGAAGGCCAACGUGAACCUGGCCUACCUGGGGGCCAAGCCUCGGAGUAUGCAGACAGGUGAGGAGCACGCUGGCCUCUCCAUCGGAGUGCAGCCCAUUCACCCUGCGCUUGUCCAGAGGCAGUAUGGGCUGGCCCAGCAGUACCUCUACCCCCAGGCCUUCGUGCAGCCCAGCCUGGUGCUGCCCUCCCAGGUGUCCGGCUCGGUGGGCUCCAGCCCCUACCUGGACUACAACACGGCCGCCGCCUACUCCCAGUACGCCCAGGCCGCCUUCGACCAGCACUACCCCUACGCCCCCUCGCCCGCCAGCUUCAUGGGCUACGCCUACGCCCCCGGCUCCGCCUCCUCCGGGACCAGCUCUGCCGCCGCCGCCACGGCCGCCGCCGCCUCCAGCCUGGCGGCCAUGCACGCCAGCCUGGCCUCCUCCGGCGCCGCCGGCCAAUCACAGGCCUUCCUCCACUACCCCCCGCAGCAGCACGUCCAGCCCGAGCGCAUGCAGUGAGCGCGGGGGGGGGGGGGGGGGGGGGUCGACUGGCGGGCCGGAGACGCGCGGCGGACGGUCGGUUCUGAGGCUUCAGAACGCAGCGGGGACACUGUUAGCGUGUCCUUCAGCGGGGGGGUCUUCAGGCAUAGGGAGAAGACUAUUGCACUAUACCAUCAGGACAAGUACCUCCUCCAUAGGGCGAAGGGGUUGAGGGGGGCGGGGUUUAGAGGCCAUGCCUGGGCUGGUUGAGGAUACAAGGGGUCUGUAGGGAAGCUGUAUGGAUGUGUGUGUGUGUGUGUGUGUGGGUGUGUGUGUGUGUGCGUGCGUAUGGAUGUACGUAUGGAUGUGUGUGUCUGUGUGUGUGGAUGUACGAAUGUAUGGAUGUGCUUCAAAGGGCUUUUGGAAACCUUUUUUCUUUUUGUAUAAUCAUUAUCAUGGUCUUUCUAUUAUUCUAUAAAUGUCGUUAUCCAUGUUUAUUUACCCUGUUCUUAUCAAUGUAUGUAUCGUUAUUAGUUUUUCUGCUCCACCAGCAGAAUCCCAGAGUGAGUCCUGUGGUCUCCUCGAUACGAGAGAACUCACGAGCAGGUACACAGCUUGUGCUGCUCUGGGACAAUGGAGACACGAAACGGGGUUAGAGAGAUAAGUGGGGCGGGGCGGGGAAAGACAAUUGCUUUGGAUAGGAAGGGAGACACACACACACACACACACACACACACACACACACACACACACACACACACACACACACACACACACACACACACACACACACACACACACACACACACACACACACACACACGCAGAGACACACAGAGACACACGCAGAGACACACACACACACACACACAGAGACACACACAGAGACACACACACACAAAGAGUAACACACACACACACUUUUUAUCUCAAGCCUUUCUCCAAUUUUUAUUAAAGAGGCCUUAUAAAAAAAUAAACGUUUUUACUAAAGAUUUCACACUUUUUUUUUGUUUUAACCAGCACUCCUUCGCCUUGCAGCAGAAUUAAAUAAAGUGCAUCCCAUAAUGAACCAGAUCCCUAGUGACACUAGUGUGUCCCAUUAUUCAGAGGUUCUGGAUGGUUCUGGAGGAGGGAGGGUCUGCAGUGCUGUGGUACGUUCUGUCAGGUAGCGGACACUGAGCUAAGACACCAGUGCGUUUCUAUAAAUGUCCUUCUUAUGUUCUUGUAUUUUUAAACUGUUAAUCUGUCACUCUCCAAAGGUCAUUCAUUGUACAGCAUUUUUAUAAAUGUUUCAGUUAAACAAUAUUUAUGAGUAGGUAUUUAUAGGAGAUUCUAAGUUAAAAUGCUUAUUUUUUUGUGUUAUUACAAUUUGUGGCACUGAAGGUGUAGCCCUCCCAGGCUGACCUCUGAAUCCACAGGGACAAUUUUUGUAUAUCAGCCUAGUUUCUAUCCAGAUGUCAUGUCGGGGAACAUUUCUGUGGGUAAAAACAGCAGCUAGGAGGCUCUUGUAGGGCUCUCAUGCUGAGACACAAAUGCUAGAUUUGUUUCAAUAAGAUGUCCAUUCAAGGAAGCCAUACCAAAAAAAAUAAAAUAAAGACUUUGUAUUGUAAAGAUUAAUGCUUAAUGUUUAUUUAUUUACAACGGUUAGUCUAUGGUGUUAGAGCGGUCAGCCGUAUGAUGUGGGUUGUGUGUCUGUGUGUUUGGGUGUUUUUCUGUUUGUGUGUUCACCUCUUAUCAGGGCUGUGGUGCUGGUGUGUGGGGAGGGGCAGGUAUAGAUGCAGGAGGCCCACUCUUUAUAUGUACACACAUAUACAAAUACACAUACACCCCCCGCUUGUAUAAGGAAUGAAAUGGAAGAAGCCAACCAGAGUUUGUGAGCAACUUGUUUAGUAGCUUUACUUCUUGGUAGGUUAUUCAUGGGACCGGCUCAGCUAGUGUUUAAGCUUGAGCCACAUGGAGGAGGAAAUGAUAACCCACUUUUGACUCGGACUCAGUAAUUUUUUUUAAAAACAAUAUAUUCACAGCUCAAUACAAUUACACCUAUGUAAUUGAGUUAAAUUAAAAGUCACUGUUAAGUAGGCCUACACAACCUAGCUCUUCGAGCAUUCACCGGCCAAUAGGCAAUUCAAACUGGUAAUGCAUAGAACUACUUCGAGAAAUAUUUGACUUGCAAAUGACCAGAAUAAUAAUUCAAGUCGGUGUAAUGAAAAUCCACAAGUGGAUGAUUAUGGA